GGGAGCCGAGCCUCCGCCAGCUCUGAGGGGCUGGCGCUGGAGCGCUGCGCAGCGCAGCCCUAUCGGUCCGCGGAGCGGGCUGAACUGAAAGCCGAGCGCUGCCGCGGGAGGCGGGCGAUGGGGUCAGGUGCCGCCGGCCGCGCCAUGGACGGGCCGCGCCUGCUGCUGCUGCUGCUCCUGGGGGUGUCCCUUGGAGGUGCCAAGGAGGCGUGCCCCACGGACCUGUACACCCACAGCGGAGAGUGCUGCAAAGCCUGCAACCUGGGUGAGGGCGUGGCCCAGCCUUGCGGAGCCAACCAGACCGUGUGUGAACCCUGCCUAGACAGCGUGACCUUCUCCGACGUGGUGAGCGCCACGGAGCCGUGUAAGCCGUGCACGGAGUGCGUGGGGCUGCAGAGCAUGUCGGCGCCCUGCGUGGAGGCCGACGACGCCGUGUGCCGCUGCGCCUACGGCUACUACCAGGACGAGACGACCGGCCGCUGUGAGGCGUGCCGCGUGUGCGAGGCGGGCUCGGGGCUCGUGUUCUCGUGCCAGGACAAGCAGAACACCGUGUGCGAGGAGUGCCCCGACGGCACGUACUCCGACGAGGCCAACCACGUGGACCCCUGCCUGCCCUGCACGGUGUGUGAGGACACGGAACGCCAGCUGCGGGAGUGCACGCGCUGGGCCGACGCCGAGUGCGAGGAGAUCCCUGGACGUUGGAUUACACGGGCCACACCCCCAGAGGGCUCAGACAGCACAGACCCCAGCACCCAGGAGCCCGAGGUACCUCCAGAGCAAGAUCUGGUAACCAGCACUGUGUCAGAUGUGGUGACCACGGUGAUGGGCAGCUCCCAGCCUGUGGUGACCCGAGGUACCGCCGACAACCUCAUCCCUGUCUAUUGCUCCAUCCUGGCUGCUGUGGUUGUGGGCCUUGUGGCCUACAUCGCCUUCAAGAGGUGGAACAGCUGCAAGCAGAACAAGCAAGGAGCCAACAGCCGACCUGUGAACCAGACACCCCCACCAGAGGGAGAAAAGCUGCACAGCGACAGCGGCAUCUCUGUGGACAGCCAGAGCCUGCAUGACCAGCAGCCCCACACACAGACUGCCGCAAGCCAGGCCCUCAAGGGUGAUGGAGGCCUCUACAGCAGCCUGCCGCUGGCCAAGCGGGAGGAGGUGGAGAAGCUGCUCAAUGGCUCUGCGGGGGACACCUGGCGGCAUCUGGCAGGCGAGUUGGGUUACCAGCCUGAGCACAUAGACUCCUUCACCCACGAGGCCUGCCCUGCCCGUGCCCUGCUGGCCAGCUGGGCUGCCCAGGACAGCGCCACACUCGACACCCUCCUGGCGGCCCUGCGCCGCAUCCAGCGAGCCGACAUCGUGGAGAGCCUGUGCAGCGAGUCUACGGCCACGUCCCCCGUGUGAGCCGGCCCGGGAGCCCCUGCCCUGCCCCCACAUUCCAACGACUAAUGCUCCAGCCAACCCUGCGGGUCAGAGCUGUCCGACUCUGGGCAGGGCCUCAGAGCCCGGGCCCCCGAACCACAGCCCCAUCACUGCUCCUGUGUUGUCCCACCGCUUCCAAUCAUCGCUUCUCCCUCUCCAGCGCCAUAAGUGCCCCUGCUGCCUCACCCACCCUCUCUGCCCUGUUGCCAUCUCAGGCCUCCUGCUCUCUUCUCGCCCUGCUUCUCGGGGUGCCAGCCCUUCCCACCUUAGCAGGUUGUCAUAUCUGGGGGGCUGACACCAGGGAUGGUGUUGGGGGCAUGACAAGGCUCCAGAGACUCAGAAGGAGAGACUGAGGAAGCAGAGCCAUGGACACUACACUGUGAACUUGGGGGACGAGGGAGCAUCUUCGUGACCUAAACGUCCCUCAGCCCCCUCUCCUCCUCCCCUCUGGCCUAAGAUGAAGAGCCUCAGAGGUUUAUCAGAGCUGGUAAGGGGGUUGAAAUCUAGUCUAUCCCCGUCGUCAUAUAGGACCGUGAGGCCCAGAGAGAGGUAGUCAUUUGCCCAAAGCAUCCAGCAACGAAGAAGCCAAAGAUGAGCUGUCCCCUCACCCUGAAUGAGGGGUGCAGGCCUCAGGCUUGCUGGAGAGGACCAGGUGACCCUCUGGCAAGUGUCUCACAGCCAAACCCAGUCUGCUCUUCACCAUCUCCAGGCCUGUCCAGCCCCUGUGAAGGGCAGAUGCUUCACCCAAGGCCUGACCCCCUGGUCUGUCCUGACCCCAGUCAGAGUUGGGGUUUGUGGCAAGGAGUGCGGCUUCCCUCUGCCUGUCCCCUCAGGCAGGUCAGUGUGACAUCUGUGGUGUGGCCAGUCUGUAAGUAUUUGCCAUCCCAGCACAGACCCGGAGCUGACACAGGCAGCAUCUUCCCCUGGAGUUAGCCCUGGGGGGUUGGGAACUAAGGACCGCCCCCCCCCCCCAACCUGCAGCACACAGAUUCACAGAGACACACACAGGAUGAGAAAUGUUGCUUCUCUCCAAGAGUUCUCUCUCUUGGGCCAAGGCCGGAUCCUUCUGGGGCAGCUGCCAGAGAAGCAUCGAAGGGAACUGAACUCUGCUUGCCGUCUUGCCUCACCCCUGGGUUUGGCGGGCCAAGGACGAUUGAGGCUUGAGCUGGCGCCUCCUUCCAAGGGCCUGCACGUGGAGGAAUGCUCCCCGCUCCAUCCUUUCCCUGCAAGCACGGGUUUGGCUGGGCCCCGGAGGCUGCAGUGAAGAAAAGUGGACCAGUGUGGGAACGCAGCAGGAAGAAACAGAGUGUGACCCGUCGAGGGUCUCUUCUGAGUUUAGAUGACCCUUCAAAGGACUGCUUCUUCCCGAGUUUGGUACCAGAAAGGGGCCGUGAGGUCCCUCCUGACCUGUUCUGUUUUGCUUGCUGUUGGAAUGAGUGUGGCCCCCCUCUAUUUAGCAUGAACGAGCCCCGAGCAGGGUGUGCACUGCCAGCCACCCCCUCCCCAGCCCACGGGUCUCUCACCCCUGUAUAAGGGACUGGGGACAUUGUACAUAGACGGCACUUCUUUGACCUGAAUCAGUAACGGGAGGAAGAAAUUCACCUGCUGACCCCUCACCUGUGAACUUGGGGAGUGGGACAGAGUCGGAGGUAUUUAUUUUCCUCCCCAGCAGCCAGGGAGAGGGUUGGAGGUUGCAAGUAUGUUUUAGCAUGUGUUUGGUUCUGGGGCCCCUCCUGUCUCCCUUUGGGCUGAGAUGGAACCCUUUUGCCCACUCCCUCCCCUGGCUGGGAGCUGUGAGCUCCAGAAUCCUUGUCACCCUCCUGGUCACCUGCCCCUUGCAUCCUGUGUAAUCAUUUCUUGGGUCCCCCUGAAACCUACACAUAAAACAUAAAUGAUGAACAUUAAAUAGCAAAGAAA